UAUUGCUAUGGCAUACUGUUUGAUCAAUAUUGGUUUAUUAGAAAUUUCCUUACUGCUUCUUACAUCACGAUUUGACUGUUACUUUUAUGUGAGACAGAUACUUUAUUCUUACAGUUUUUGCAAGAAUAGGAUAAGCCAAACGUUGUAAAUGCAGCAUAUAAUAAGCUGUAAUUAAUUAAGUACAAUGCAAAUUAUGGCGGAAAGAAGCAUGAAAUGUCGUAAGAGAACAUAUGUCACAUAAGUUUAACGGUUAGUCGAUAAUUAACAAUUUUUUAAUGAUGCAUUAGCGGAUUAUACUUACACUGUGUGCAGCAAUAACAAUCAUUUCAGAUUGUCAAAUGCUCGGAAAACCAAUCUAUUUGUAAGUGUUUAUUAAUAGAGUAUACUUUUGUAAGACUUGAAUAUGGACAUACGAUUCUUCUUAAAUUUACUAACAUUCAUAUUCUUCUAGCAAACAUGUGAAUAUUUCGAAAUUCUAGAUAACAAGAAGUUUCAAGAUGACAAGGAUGAUUUUUUAGUAAAAUACAAAUUAUGCAAUUAUUCUUUAAAUUUUGGAAUGGCUGUACAAAAUAAAACAAUCGGAUCUAUUGGCGGAGAUACGUACAAACAUUUUCGAAAAUCUAUGGUACCCUUUGUAACACCAAAAGUCCAGACUGCAGAUAUCUCACCACACUGUUUGGAGCGCAAGAUUCUAUAUGGAAUUCUAAAAAAUACACAGAGACGAUGUUACACUGCAUUCUCUAAAUCAAAACCGUACAAAAAUGCAGAAACGCAGACGGAUUAUAGGGAGAGCGAGGCGCAAACUGAACCUUGGGAGCCACCAUGUAAAAUUGUUCCAGAUCAUAAUCCUGAAGUAUUGACAUUGGCUCAUCUAACUUGGGGACAUGGACUACCUGCAGGUGUCCAUGAAGUACAAGUUAUUAACAGGAUGCGGAUAAAAAGAGCUUGGGAAGCCAUUCUACCGCCGAUGGAUACACCGGCCAACAUAAAAAUGCGAAAUUCAAUAAUAACGGCCUUAGAGAUAGACGAAUGGGCAUUUCGAGAGUCGGAGAUUCAAUUCAUAAUGGAUUUACGUCUGGACCUAAUGAGGAAUCUUCUACAAAGUCGUGAAUCAAAAUAUGAGGAAAAAGUGCAGGGUCGUUUCAGUAGACUCGAGAGCAAACUAAGCAAAUAUCGAGACACUCAAAUCAAGGCUAUCAGAUAUAAUCUUAAACGAGAUCUGCGAAAAUUACAUAAGAAACAUCGCAACGAACAUCAAUCUCGCAAACCCGACAUAAUUGAACGGCAUAUCGAUUUCAAAUCUGAUCUGUAUGCACCGCAAAUGCGUUUCGGUGAACAUCCCCAGAGGCGGCAUGAAAUUUUGCCGAAGCAACUCCCAAGUGAAUGUCAUAUUGAGCAAGAAGAAGAUGCAACGCUUAGUUGGCUACCCACUAUUGAAGAACCAAAAGUGAUCAAACAUAGACCUAAACCGAUAAACAUCUGCAUACGAGAAACCAGAUGGACGGAGGAAAAACUAAAGCAGCUUCAUUCCGAUUUGAAAGCCAUUCGAAUGAAAGUCAAAUCUGUAGACGAAGGUCCAAGAUUAGUAAGGCGUAAUCACGAACAGCCAGUUUUGCCUAUCACACCGCGCAGAUCGGGUACAUGGAACAAUAAGCAGAAACAACGAGAAGAAUCUGCUACAUUUAUUCAGAAGCUUGUUAAAGGCAGAGCGAUACAAUGUCUGAUGUACAAAGGACGCGAUAGAUGCAGAGAGCUAAUCGAGGAAUUACAAUCGACUCAAGUGCUUGAACACGAAGAUCACGAUGAAAAGACACAUAUGAUUAAUUUGCAACAAUUACAAGAGCAUCAAUCAAUGCAAGAAAAUCGUUUGUGCGAGAUUCUUGAUUCCUUAGAGGGGAAGACAAUCUGUGGGACAUUAGAUUUUCUCAGCAAGGAGUUGGUGAGAUUAGAGGACGAACGUAGAGCUCACGCCUUUGCCUUGCUUGCCGAAAGAGAAAGAUGUAUGAGAGAAGCCGCCGAAGCUGGCAGGCGACAAGCAGAACGUAACCGACGACGAGAAUUUGAUGAAAUGUUCAAGCAAAUCAUGAAAGUAAAUCAAGACUCGGUAAAAGCGUACUUGGAAGAUAUUGUGAAAGAAGAAAUUGAUUGGAUAUCCGAUAAGAUGGCUAAAGAACAUAUUUUAGAAAUUUGCGAUAAAGUGGAUGCUGUAACGAAACAUGCCGCAGAAAACGCUGAUAAGUUAGCAGAUGAGGAAUUGGUAACGGAUAUGAUUUAUAAUUUUGUUUUACCGGAGGUGGAAAAACAUAAUAUGAGAAAAAAGAUUCGUGAUCAACAGCAAAGUUAUAUGAGGAAUGCGUACAUAUCACUUUACGAAAAAAUUUUAGAGUUACCUAUUGAACCAUCGCAAGUUGUUGAUCAAGAAGUUCCUGUACAAGAUGAAAAUGUACAAACCUGCAUGACUGAAAAUAUGAAACAAAAUACCGAGGCAGAAGAAAUAGAACUUCCAAUUCCUAAAACAGAUACGGAAAAUAAAAAGCGAGCAGAUUCAAAAAUAGAUCCAAAAAUAGAUUCACAAAGCGAUUUAAUGGAAGCUCAAUAA